GCAAGGCGGCGGGGAGCGGGCGCGGCGCCCCGGAUGAGGAGACAGUUUUCCGGCCCCCCUCCCACUCCACUUCCGGGGCUUCCACUUUCACUUUCUCUUCCGUGUAAGCUGCUCCCGGCUUCCUUCAGAAUGGCCGGGGCCUCUCCGCCGCGCAGGACGUGGAGCUGACGUCCGGGACGCCGCGGGGACCAGCAGCCGAGCGGGGCGGCCCUCGGGGACUCCGGCGUCGGUCCUGCCGGCCUUUUCCACCGCCGGCUGGGCGCGGUGCUUGCUGUGUUUGCUUUCACGGUCGCACGCCGGGUUCCGAUCUGCUGCUGGUGCCAGGGCCGGUCCCCACGCCCUGGGUGGGGUGAUGCUGCCCGACCGCCGCCCACGACACCAAGGCGCCCAGGGGACUUAGGCCUCGUCGGUGGCCUCCGGGGGUUGAGUCACUCUCGGCCUCUAGCCCUUUCCCAGGUGGCCCUGGGGUAGCGUUAUCCCUCCCCCACCAUCCCCCGAGCAGCAGCCCUCUCUGGUGGGGAUGGGCGCAGCCAGGCCAAAUGGACGAGAAGACCAAGAAAGCGGAGGAGAUGGCCCUGAGCCUCGCCCGGGCAGUGGCUGGCGGGGAUGAACAGGCUGCUAUGAAGUGUGCCACGUGGCUGGCAGAGCAGCGGGUACCCCUCAGGAUACAAGUGAAGCCAGAGGUUUCUCCGACACAGGACAUCAGGUUGUGUGUGAGCGUGGAGGACGCCCACUUGUACACUGUGACCAUCUGGCUCACAGUGCGUCCCGACAUGACAGUGGCCUCCCUCAAGGACAUGGUAUUCCUGGACUAUGGCUUCCCGCCCACUCUGCAGCAGUGGGUGAUUGGACAGCGGUUGGCCCGAGAUCAGGAGACCCUGCAUUCCCAUGGGGUACGGCAGAAUGGGGACAGCGCCUACCUCUACCUGUUGUCGGCCUGCAAUACCUCGCUCAACCCUCAGGAACUGCAGCGGCAGCGGCAGCUGCGCGUGCUGGAAGACCUGGGCUUCAAAGACCUCACGCUGCAGCCGCGAGGCCCCUUGGAGCCAGUCCCCCCCAAGCCCAGGGGCCCCCAGGAGCCGGGGCAGCCAGACACGGCACCAGAGCCACCGCCGGUGGGCUGGCAGUGCCCCGGGUGCACUUUCAUCAACAAGCCCACUCGGCCUGGCUGUGAGAUGUGCUGCUGCGCGCGGCCUGAGGCUUACCAGGUGCCCGCCUCCUACCAGCCUGACGCCGAGGAGAGCGCGCGCCUGGCCAGCGAGGAGGAGGCCCUGCGCCAGUACCAGCAGCGGAAGCAGCAGCAGCAGGAGGGGAACUACCUGCAGCACGUCCAGCUGGAGCAGAGGAGCCUGGUGCUGAACACCGAGCCUGCCGAGUGCCCUGUGUGCUACUCGGUGCUGGCGCCCGGCGAGGCUGUGGUGCUCCGCGAGUGUCUGCACACCUUCUGCAGGGAGUGCCUGCAGGGCACCAUACGCAAUAGCCAGGAGGCAGAAGUCUCCUGCCCCUUCAUUGAUAACACCUACUCCUGCCCGGGCAAGCUGCUGGAGAGGGAGAUCCGGGCGCUCUUACCCCCUGCGGACUACCAGCGCUUCUUGGACCUGAGUGUGUCCAUCGCAGAGAACCGCAGCACCUUCAGCUACCACUGCAAGACUCCUGACUGCAGGGGCUGGUGCUUCUUCGAGGAUGACGUCAACGAGUUCCUCUGCCCCGUGUGCUUCCACGUCAACUGCCUGCUCUGCAAGGCCAUCCACGAGCGCAUGAACUGCAAGGAGUAUCAGGAUGACCUGGCCCUGCGUGCUCAGAACGACGUGGCUGCACGGCAGACGACAGAGAUGCUGAGGGUGAUGCUGCAGCAGGGCGAGGCCAUGCACUGCCCCCAGUGCCGGAUUGUGGUGCAGAAGAAGGAUGGCUGUGACUGGAUCCGCUGCACUGUCUGCCACACCGAGAUCUGCUGGGUCACUAAGGGUCCACGCUGGGGCCCUGGGGGCCCUGGAGACACCAGUGGGGGCUGUCGCUGCCGGGUCAAUGGGAUUCCUUGCCAUCCCAGCUGUCAGAACUGCCACUGAGGCCAAGAUGGCGGUCCCUGAACUCACACAGCCUCACAUCACUAGGCAGUUCGGCCUGGGGCUUUGGCUCUGGUUGGGGCGAGAUGCCUUUGUGUUGACCAAGGUGAAGGACCCGAACUGUGUACAUGGCCUGUUUGCUGCAGACGUUGCAGGAGCCUCAGCUGAGCUAGCUGUUGUGACCCAGUGCCUUUGAGCCCUCUCCCCAGCAGGGUUGUUUGGUUGGACUUCAUGGCCUUUGGAAGCCCCCACCCCUACUUCAUGCCAGUUUGAAACACAGCCCCUGGCCUGAGGUCUGGCUGGCUGGUGUCCCUGAACCUUCAAGUGACUGCAUUCUUUUCCCUCACCAUCCUCCCUUGGCACCAAGUACCCAGAGCCCCAUCCUCUAGUCUGCUGGCUUUGUGGUCAACUCAGCUCUGCUGCUGUCAUCGGAAGCCUGGUACCUCUUACAGAUGCUGUGAACCUGUUCAGAGCCCCAGGGACACCCGCAGGUCUGAAAGUGUAGCCCAGUGGGUCCCGCUCUGCUUCUCCUUCUAUUGCUGAGGAAGCUAAUUAAAGUAGUUUUCCAGGAA